AUGAUGCUCCGCUUCCUUUUGCUCACCCUUGCAGCUGGACUCCGCUUGAACAACGACCCGGUGCGGCUGUGGGAAGAGCACCCAGCGAGCACGGCCGAGGAGCUUCAGGAGCUCCUGACAAGCAUGAUUGUGGAGGCCGGCACCGUUCAGGUCCCUCACAAGGCCGGCGGUGCAGAAGCGCAGGAGGUGGAGCUCAGAAAGGUGGUGGCCGACAUGCGGAAGCCCAAGGAUCUGCUUGCCAACAUGAUCCACACGAUCUGGCAGAGUAGCAGCACGAAGCGGUGCCAUCAGCAGCUCGAGCAGGUGAUGGGCAACCUUACGCUUACCUGCGAAGGGUUGCAGCCAAAAACCGACUGGAUUCUCGACUACUAUGCUUCUCCCCUCCCGAACAAGACCUGCACCCAAAGUGUCAGCGACAUCUUUGCUUCGGGAGAUGAGCUCGUCUCGAUCCUCCAAGUCUCCAGAAGUGCAGUGGCUUCCUUGGAUGUGUCCGACGAGACGUUCCGUCGGUAUCAGGCGCUCUCCUUUUUGAGGAACUGGCUGGUGAAGCUCACCCGCACUCAUCAUCAUGCACUGAUUUGGGCCGGCUUCUGGGAUGGGGACCCGCAGAAGCGCACGACGAAGGGGAAGCUUUCCAACUUUGCCAAGUCAGUAGAGCAUGCGACGAUGCACCCAGAUAGCUUCCUCGGCCAAGUCAUCGAGGGGAGCCAGAACCUCGACGCUUGCUACGAGGAUGCCCAGACCAUUGCACUUGCAGGAAACAUGUGGUCCAUCGCGAGCAUGAGCUUCGUGCUCGGGAUGCGCGAGAAAGCGCAAGGAACCGUCAUCGCUCUGGUCAACAAGAAGAUCACGGGGGAGCGCAACUUGUCCCAGUCCGUGCUUUCCACCCAUGAAAUCCCCACAGUGGGGCUCGCAGCCUGGGGGCUCGGGUUCUGGUCUCCGAAAGUGAUCGUCGUGGACCUCAUGGGCACGUGCAGCCAGACGAGCCCUGCUCUGCAGAAGCAACUUUUUGCACGCUUGCCCACCUGGGCCAAGUCGAUGAAACGUUGGAGCGCAGAAGCCUUUGCGAGGAGGUCGCGGUUGCAGUGGCAGUGCAUCGACUGCUCGGGCACUUGCAGCCUUGACGAUGCCUUGGCAGAGCAUGUGGAGAAGUUGGUCAAGGCCAAAGAGGCGCAGGACCGGAAGGACCAAGAGCUCCGCCAG